UAUCACGCUGAUACGUAGUACUUCCGCAUUCAGUGAUCUUUGUGCACUGCCACUUCCGGUGGAUCACUCAUCACUCUGGCGAACCUAUGAUGGACGAUUAUAAGUUAACUUAUACUGCAUCCCUGGUAAAUUUACCCAAAAUAACUUUUUCUGACGUACAUCGACUAACUGAACAACACUCCAUCACAGCCCGCUCCAAAGUGGACAAGGGAUACAGUUUCUUUUUCGAGAACUUCAUCUACGACUACGAAGAUUGUUUUCCAAGCUGAUGCAGCCGAACUUCAAGAAACCUCAUGCAGCUGUACAGCAGGCAAGGUUCUGUGCAACCAUCUAGUGGCCUUGUUGUUCCAGAGUGCCCAUUACAGCAUGUUGCAGGUGAGAGCUGUACCACCACCUGUGGCCUGCACAAGCUCUCUGCAAACAUGGCAUCGACCAAGGACAAAGGGGAUCCAUGCAGAGCCGGUUCAGGACUUGGUUGUUAGGAGACCAAAGCCAUCUGCCAGGAGUGUAUGCAAAUCAACACUCUAUCAAGCAUACACAGGAUCCCUCCCAGACCCGCAAGUCUUGUCUCUUGGGGAAGGACUGAAAAACCUCAGGCCGCAACCACUAAUAUCCUCAGUGCUGCAUGGCUUGUCUCAACUCUCCAUGGUCGACUCCAGGUUCGGACCUGUGCCGCGAGGUUCACCCCUGUCCUACCAGUGUCCUCCUGUGGUCAAACGCGGAAAUUAUGUCCAACACCCAGGUGCACCAACAUUCCCUAAACUGCCUUUAGAGGGGUCAACAUUUCCCACUACUUUUCCAAACGUUGACCCAAACUCCCAACAGUUUCUCCAUUUGGACAGCUUAACUGUGACACACGAGAUGGCAGCUGAGAGAGAGGAGCAGACACGUGAGCAGUCUGAGUGCCCAUUAUGGCAAGCUUUACGCAAGCCUAGAGUGACAGCUAGUAGGUUCUAUGAGGUUAGCCAUGUGAAAGGGCCGUCUUCUGGUCAGACCCUGGCAGGGCGGAUACUUAAGGGAGUACACCAGACUCCCGCCAUGAAAAGGGGCCUUGAACGCGAGCCACAGGUGCUGGAACAAUAUUCAAAACAUUUCAAUGUAAAUGUCUCACGCUGUGGAUUUGUUAUCCAUCCCGAUGCUCCUCACAUCGGGGCUAGCCCCGAUGCGAGGGUAUAUGACCCUAGUGCCAUUCCGUGUUUUGGGCUUGCUGAAGUUAAGUGCCCAGACAUCUCCAGCAUUUCUGAGGCAGGACAUGUAAAAAUUGUGAAUGGUCAGGCAAAACUGAAGCAGAAUCAUAAAUACCACUGGCAGGUUCAAGGCCAACUGGCAGUAACUGGAUUGAGUUGGUGCGAUUUUAUAACAGAUACUGAGGGAGACUUAACAGUCGAAAGGGUCUGGAGGGAUGAUGAAAUGAUAAAAGAGAUGGUGGACCUGUACUUCUUUGGUACAUAUAUGAAUGUGUAUCUUCAGCAGAAAGUGAAAUGA